GUAAAUAAACAUGAACUGUGAAUUGCACACUGUCUUGAUUUCUCUUAUCGUGCGAGGAAAAUGAAGCUGGGUACCUUGAUUUUUGUUGGUGUCCCAAUUUUGGCACACAUUUGUGCAGCAGAUUUGCAAGAUGAGUUGGACGCCCGAAUUCGUUCUUACGUGGACAACGUUGUCCAAACAGAAGGCUGCGGGAUUGAACAACAAUUGUUAAGAAUGCAAACCUCCAAUUCCGAACUUUUUUGUCCUGAGAUCUUAUCCGACCAAAUUUUGGAUUUGAUUGAGAGACCCGAUGGAAUUGAUUUCAACAUGGCCGCUCUUUCGUGGCUCAUGAACCAGUUCUACGAUCAUCCAUUCCUAGAUGUCGGCUCAUUACGGGAACAGAUUGUUUAUGGGCUGACCCACGUGCCCUUUUGGCUCUCUGACGAGGGCGAUCUAGGACCAAUGCAAUUUUGGAGCGAGAACCACCAAAUCGGUUGGAAAGCCGCUCAAUAUCUCAUUGGCCAUGCAUUCGAAACGAACCCGGAAUUAAGUGACAAGAUCUUUGUUCCAUCCGGAAUGAAGGGUUCACAAUUGAAACAACGAGGAAAGGCCAAGGUUUUGGAAUGGCUAGAUUACAGAUCCAGGUUUGGGUUCUCGGAGUUCAAUUCUGAUACCUAUGGACCGAUUGCUUACGUGGCAUUGCUAUCGUUGAGUGGUUUGGCACCAGAUGAGGACGUCCGGACCAAAGCUCAAAUGAUUCAAAUCAUUCAAGAGUUUGAUCACAUUCUAGGCAGUCGGCAAGAUAGCAUCACGACCGGUCGUGGUCGUGCAUAUACUGAAGGCAAGAUCAUUCAAAGGCCAUACAACCACCUGUGCAUUUUGAAAGGAUUGGAGACGGUCUGUGAUCGAUCACGACAGUCUGACCUUUAUGCUUUGAACCAUUUGUUUGGCUAUCGAACACCAACAGCUCUCUUACAAAUUGCUCAGGACAUUGACCAUGGGGAUUUUGUAUUGAAAGAACAGUUUGGUCUCCAUUCAAGUGAAGGUGAAAUUGAGGGCAUUGGUGUGGAGGAUCCUGAGGAUUGCAUCUUUUGGUUUGGUGAUGGUGCCUAUUUUUCUCGGGAGACAGCACGCUGCAUGUUCGUUGUGGGUGAUAGCUACAACUUGUGGAAUAGAUCCGAAACAUGGGAAACAGUGGGUCUAUUCAAACCAUUGUGGGACUUGGAUCCUUAUAUAAUUGAUUAUGCCGCCGAAGUGGGCGCGCCCUUGGGCUCCGGCAGUGUGUUAGGCAAUGUUAACAUGUACACCUACCGAACCCCCGAUUUCAUGAUGAGCUCCGUUCAAGAUUAUAACAAGGGUUUCAUGGCAGGACAACAACAUCCUUGGCAAGCGACGUUGGACUUGGCCAGGAAUGGCACCAUCUUUAGUCAUCAAGCCAUCGGUCAAAAGUCCAGUGACGACCACAACUCAAAAUAUUGGGUGGGUGGGAUCCUUCCGUAAGUGGCUCAGUUUGGAACCACCUUGAUCUCUUUGCACAAUCCAGAGGUCUUGACAACAUUAGCAUUUGGGUUGGAAGCAACUCAUGGUCAUAUGUUUGCAUCCGGCUUUGACGAGAUUGAAGAUAACCUUCAGGGAGGUGGAUGGAUUUAUGGACGCCAAGGAGAUUCAUACGUUGGUCUUUAUUCGUAUAAUGAGGCAAAAUUUAGGUCCCCUGGGGAGUGUGAAGAAUAUCGAGAUUUGGUGGCCCCUGGUAUUCAAAACGUGUGGAUUUGCGAAGUUGGAAGCAAAGCUAUGAACAACUCAUUUGACGACUUCAAAUAUAAACUGAAAGCGUCCACGGUUGAGGCCUCUUUUUACUACGAUGAUAGUCUCAUCGAAUGUUUAGUGGACAACGGUUGUUUGUCGAGCAUCACGGAUUUCUUGAAUUGUACGACAACGAUUUGCGACCCAUUUAGAAACACUGACCAAACCUGUGCGAGAGGUUUGAGCUCUAUCCCCGCCUCUUUGGGCAACAUCCAAAUACAGGAGCUCUUGGGGUAUGAUUUGGCCAACUUGGCCUCAAAUUUGGAAAUGAUCCAAUGCCGUCAUGAUAAGAGAGCCAAUAUUGAAGUGACUUAUACUCGAGGAGACGGAAGGGUUAUGGAGCUGGGUUGGAACUCGUCAUUGACGGUGGAUGGAUGGCGUAUUCCGACCGAGCCCUUUCCUCGUUAUGAUAAUGAUUUUACUCAAGUCCAAUGGGGCGAUAAACUGAUACAAAUUGAGGACGGUGGAUUUGAAAUCGAUCUUGAUUUUGAUUUAUGGACUCUGUCUUACGAUUGAAAUGUAAACAUAUGGUUAAAUA